AUGUAUAUCAAAGAGAUUGUCAGGUUACAUGGCGUGCCUUCUACCAUUAUAUCUGACAGGGAUCCUCGUUUUACAUCAAGGUUCUGGGGAGCUUUUGAGCGUGCAUUUGGGACUCAGUUAAGCAUGAGUACUGCGUAUCACCCUCAGAUAGAUGCUAUCAUGCGAGCAUCGAAAUGGCUCCAUAUGAAGCUCUGUAUGGCAGGAAAUGUCAAUCUUCACUAUGUUGGUAUGAAACUGGAGAAAGAAAGCCGCCAGAAGAGUUAUGCUGAUCAGAGGCGAAAGCCUUUGGAAUUCGAAGCAGGAGAACAUGUCUUUCUGAAAGUUACACGAACCACUGGAGUGGGAAGAGCUAUUAAGACUAAGAAACUAAAUCCUCGUUAUAUUGGACCGUUUGAGAUUCUGAAGAGGAUUGGGCCAGUGGCUUAUAGAAUUGCCUUACCACCAUAUCUUUCGAAUUUGCACGAUGUGUUUCAUGUGUCUCAGCUUAGGAAGUACACUCCUGACGCAAGUCAUAUUCUAGAACCAGAACCAAUCCAAGUGAGAGAAGAUCUAACACUUCCAGUAGCCCCGGUAAGAAUUGAUGACACCAGUGUUAAACGAUUACGAGGAAGGAAAGUAUCAUUGGUAAAAGUAGCUUGA